AUGUGUAAUACAAUCGCUCUUAGCACAGCAUCAUUACUGCUGUUAAUAUUACUGUCAAGUUUUGGAAGUGAUACCUAUGCAAUUGUUUGCACUUAUAUGGGUGAGCGGCAUAAUGAUGGUGAUCGAUGGGUAGUUCGAUCGGCAUUCAUUAUCGAAUGUCACGUUUAUCCGGACGGAUCAUGGCGAGCUGAUGUUGUUGCAUGCCAAACACCGAAAGGUAUCGAAAUGCAUGAUGGUGAUGAGAUUAUGGAAGAUGAUGUGAAAUUACAAUGUGAAAAAUUACCAUCGGGUGGAUAUCGAAUGCAAAAAUUUUAUUUUAAUCAAAAUAUUACUUGUGAAGGGCAUAAAUUUGGAGAAUGGUGGAUCAGUAAAAGAAAUUUCAAUAAAACUUGUUCACCAACGGGAACAUAUAUUAUGAACUGUUUAACAGAUACCGGUAUUCCGAUUGAACUAAAUCGAUCCGUUAUAUUGAGUGGAACUCGAUAUAAUUGUACAGGUCAUAGCAAUGGUUUAGUAACUUUUACACGUGACUUCCCGAGAAAUUUUCAUAUCACAUCGAAGAUAGAACAAAUUUAUUGCACUGUCAACGAUGUACAAAAGAAAAUCAAUGAAACAUGGAUUGAAGAUACGAAUUUUAUUAAAAAAUGUAAUGAGCGAGCUGUAACUAUUGUUAAAGCUUGUAUCGCCGAUGGUUUCAUUAUCGAUCUCAAUUCGAAACUUACGCGUAAUGGUAAGACGUACGCAUGUACCGGAAGUGAUAAUGGGAAUGUUUUAUUCAAAAUUAUGCCAGUUAUUGACAACAGCACUCAUUCUGGUUCAGUUUAA